AUGAGAAUAAUUUUUUAUUUAACAUUAUUAUUAUUUAUUUUUAAUAAAGUUAAAUCAGAUAAUUGUACAAUUGGUGGAUUAACUGCAACAUCAUGUAAUGAGACAUCACAACAAUAUUAUUUUACUCAAGAUAAAUUUACAAGUGAAGAUAUAAUACAAAUACCAUUUGGUGCUAAAUUAUAUUUUUCUGGAGAUGUAGUAUUUAAUUAUCCAGUUAAUUUCAAUUGUCAACCAUCACUUAAAAAGGAAUUAUCACGUUUUGUUUAUGAAAUUGAUUGUCUUCAAGUUUUUUCCAAUGGUACCAUCACCUAUAACGCAGAGGAAAUCUAUUGUAGUGUAGAUUUCUCAACAGUAUUUGACAUUGAUACAAUGGUUGAUAAACCAGUUGACAUGGUUGAAUCAUGGAGUAGAUUUAUGAAACCUACCAAAGGAUUUGGUGAAACCAAAGUCUAUGAACCAGUAGUUUACUCUAGAAUUAAAGCACAAGCCGGUUAUAAAUGUGAUUUUAAUCCAGGUUUUAGAACUAGUCGUCGUGUACCUGAUAAAUAUGCACUCCAUUCAAAAUGUGCUUGGGCAAAGGCUCUCUUCCCAGCCGGUGAUUUCAAUAUUAGAAUCACUCCAUGUAACCUUCAAAACAAUAGUGAAUCUGUUCGUAAAUUAGAAGAAAUUGGUUUCGAUAAAAAUUUUUACAUGGAAAAAUUAGAUUUCACUCCAACUGAUGGUUUAUUCUAUAAUGGUAAUAGAGAAAGUAUUUAUAUUCGUUAUUAUCCAAAUUUUGAAAAGAAAUUUGAUUUAUCUUCAAUUCAAGAUAUUUUUGAUUCUUAUCUUUAUAUUAUUAAUUAUUGCGAAGAUAAUCCAAAUAAAUUUGAAAUUUCAUUUGGAAUGCAAAGUGAUCUUUGGGAUCAUAGAGCAUUCAAUUUAACUGAUUUCCAAUUGGUUAAAAAUGUUAAUGGAACUUUUGAAGGUAGUGCCACUAGAAAUCAAAUCAGUAUUAUGGUUUUAAUUUUAUCAGUUUUAUUAGUUUUAAUUUUAUAA